CUCCGUCCUCCUCGCUGGUCCUGACAACUCGCCCCCGGGGGAGCCCUGAGCAAGCAUGGCCGAGAUGGGGAAAGGGGUCACCGCCGGGAAACUGGCCAUCAACGUCCAGAAGAGGCUCACCAGAGCGCAGGAGAAGGUCCUGCAGAAGCUCGGCAAAGCGGACGAGACCCGAGAUGCUGCCUUCGAGGAGAUGGUGACAAACUUCAACAAGCAGAUGGUAGAGGGCUCCAAACUGCAGAAAGACCUGAAAACCUAUGUGACAGCAGUGAAAACUCUGCACGAUGCGUCACGGCGGCUGCAGGACUGUCUGGCCGACAUGUACGAGCCCGACUGGUUCGGCAAAGAGGAGAUGGACGCGUUGGCAGAGGACACAGACACGCUGUGGUUGGACUACCACCAGAGCAUCACGGACAAAUCUGUGACCUCCAUGGACACGUACCUGACUCAGUUUCCUGAUAUUAAGGCUCGUAUAGCAAAGCGCGACAGGAAGAUGGUGGACUUCGACAGCGCCAGGCAUCACUUCGCCUCCUUACAGAAAGGGAAGAAGAAGGAUGAGGCCAAGAUCGCCAAGCAAGCAGCCCUGUUGGAGAUGGCGGCUCCCAGCUGGGCUCAGGGUUUGAUAUCAGCCCACCAGGUGGCUCAGACUAACCUCUCCUUCAACCAGGCGGAGGAAGACCUGGGUCGAGCCCAGAAGAUUUUUGAGGAGCUGAACGUGGAGUUACAAGACGAGCUUCCUGCACUAUGGGACAGUCGUGUUGGCGUCUAUGUUAACACAUUCCAGGGCCUGGCAGGUCAUCAGGAGAAGUUCCACAAAGAUAUGAGCAAGCUCAGCCAAAACCUGAACGACAUCAUGACCAAACUGGAGGAGCAGCGGCAGCUCAAAAAAGAUGGUACUGCAGCAGCAAAGACAGAAGAUGGUGCAAAGAGUGAGGAAGCCGACAUCAGCGACUCGGCCAGUUCAGCACCAAAGAGGCUCGGCCCUCCUCCCAGUCGGCCCCCCCCCAGGCCGUCGCCCUCUCCGGACCCGGGCCAGCAGCAGGUCAGCCUGUUUGAUGACGAGGCCUCGGUGCCUGACUCUAACACGGACUCCGCCACGACGACGACAACACAGCAGAUUGCUGUGACCAACGGCUCUGAUGGCGAACUCCCUCCAGGAUUUAUCUACAAGGUAAAAGCGAUACACGACUACGACGCCACCGACGGCGAUGAGCUGGAGCUGAAGAUGGGAGAUAUUGUGCUUGUUAUGGGCUUUGACAACCCAGACGAACAGGACGAUGGCUGGCUCAUGGGCGUGAAGGAGUCUAAGUGGUUGCAGGAGAAAGAUGCUUCCGCCAAAGGUGUUUUCCCUGAAAACUUUACCCAGAAGUUUUGAGGCUCGUGACACCUAAAAGAUUCUGUUGCCCAAUCUCUGCCCCAUACUCUUCAGAUAGGUUAUCUAAUAUCAAAUCGCAAUGAAAUGUUUAUCUAUGCAGCAAAUAAUAUUGGCACGGCGUGACGAGAAAGGACGUCUCGAUGGCUUUGACACCCAAAUGAUUUGUUUGUGACGCUGACAACAAUGUGUGCGUGCUCGUUUGUGGGAUCAUCACAGAUUUCUGGAGCACAUUUUAUGCAAAGCAAAUAAAACAUGUCAAAGUAAAAGUAUAAUAGAGACAAAGUGGGUUUUUCAUCAUGGUAUAUCCUUAUGAUGCAGAGCUAUCUGAAACGUUUGAGAUGUCAAAUUAUGCACCCGAAAACAAACGUGUUAGUCUUUUAUUCCUAAAUUAUUUAUAUGUUGCUGAACUCAAAUGAAACACAAAAACAGUGUUAGCAAUAUCCCAAAAAUAUUAAAUGGGGAGAAAGUCGGGACUUUUCUGUAUGAAUGUCAAAGUAUUUAUGUUGUGUAUUGUCAAAAGCUUUUCAAUAAUGAUAUCUCAAGAACUUUUCAAAGUUCCUUGCAUGAAGCACUUGAUCCUGUCGUCAGGACUUCAGAAGACAACAAACCCUGUGACACCAGUUGGGGUCGCACUAUGAAAUAUGGUUGUGAUUGUCAAAAGGUGCAAUGUCCCAGACUAGAGCCCUGGAAAACACCACAGAUUGAACACAGUAUGUGUGCAGGGGUAUCUGCCUUGUAUUUUCAAAAAAUCCAUUAGUUUCUUGGGCUUGUCAAAGGGAACAGUGGUUUUUCAUUUGUUAUCGGCCAUUUUGAGGACAUGACUUGGCGUGUGGCUUAAACUUUCUAAUGCACAUGUGGUUUUAUUUAAAUUUUUUGGAAUGAUAUUUCAUUGAGGCGUAAAAUGCAAAACCUUCACCUCAAGCUCAACCCUGGAUUUUUUUCUUUUCUUCAUCUUCAGUUAAUUUCUGACUGUUUACCACUGAUUUAGACAGAGGACUCUGAGAUAUAUCAUCCAACUCUUUAUUUUAAAUGUUUUUCAUAUGAACCUCUGUGAUCUCUUGGACAGGACUAUACAGUAUGUCUGUUCCAGUAGUCUUCACCAUACCGUGAGUCCAUGGCUGCAAUGUCCACAGUCAUAACAAGGCUCGACCAUUAAAAUGCAAACCUUUAUUUAGUUAAAAAAAAUAACCAGACUGUCAUCCAGAGUAAUUUCAACCAAAUACUGUGCGGAAACCAAAUAUGAACCCAAGAAAACAAUAAUUUUUACAUGAUGUGGUUUUAAUGAACAUGUGGUAACUAUGGCACCAUCUGCUGGAUCAAGUCAGUUAUUAAAGACUAAUGAAGUAA